GAUGACGAAAAACGUGUGGCUGGAAGAGCGAUGCUCGACAUGCAGGUGAAUUUCGGAUAAGGUUGCCGAAUUAAUUAAGACGAGUGCUAAAUUUACGCAUGAUUUACAUUAUCAUGUGACAUAAGGGGAUAAAAAUGAUGAGCGCAUCGUGCGUAUUGCUUAAGGAUACUGCGAAAAUGCACGAUUCCAAGGUAUCAUUUGCGUUGCCAUCUUGAAUCAGCUGUCAAGCAGACGAUACGCAGUGUUCAGUCAUCAUCCGAUCUCUAAAGGGACAUGGAAAUAUCUGAAGAUAAUGUACAAAUAAGAAAUCAGCCGACAGACUUGAUCUCAGGGUACAGCGACAAGCGGAAGAGCGAUGAUCCUGACACGGAUCUUAAUGAGGUCGAAAUAAUUGCAGCAGCGCAACACUUUUGUGCUAUUGAGAUCAAAGAGGCCAAGAAUUAUCAUGUAACCGAUGAGAAAGCGAUUGAUAAAGACCAGAACGAAGUGAACGAAUCGAGCACUUCGGAUUCUACCUUAGGGAAUGUACAAAGUAGUGCCAUCACUAAUGUAUUGACAGACUCGAUUUACUUGGACACCUUGGAUUCCGAUUCCAUAAAUAUCGAGUUCCAGAAACAAUCAGGCGCAGCAGAAGUGUUCAUUCGGAACGAUGAGCAAACGACCAAUUACAAUAUAUCUACAGUGACGAUACCGAACGAGUUCUUAGACGGGCUUAAUAUCAACAUAAAAAAGGAGGAUGACGAGGGUCACAGCACCCUAUACACAGCGGAAUGGUUAUGCGACGACAAUAACGAUACUAGCAUACGACUGAGAGUCUUGAAGGAUGCCAAGCAGAAUAUACAAGUCCCCGUUAAUAUUGAUCCAUUGACUGGCGUGAUCGCGGUAGCAAAACGUAAGAAUCAAUUAACGGACAAGGAUACCUUGGAAAAAACGAAGCUGUCUAGAAGAUCCAAAAAACACGUUAGAAUAAAAGCCAGCGUACAUCAAGAUUACAAAGAAAGAUUGAGGAAAAAGGCCGAGUGUAUGAGAGAGAAACGGAAGAAGCUGUACGAACAGGAGAGCGAGGAGCAGCGUCUGCAAAGGUUGGCGAAGGAAGCGGCGAAGAGACGCGAGAUGAGAAUGUAUUACGAGACACCGGAGCAACGAAGGAAGAGGCUCGACGCUGAAGCAGCGCGAAAAAGAGAGUAUAGAAUGUAUAACGAGACGCCAGAGGAUAGAAGAAAGAGACUGGACCGCGAGGCUGAGAGGAGGAGAAUCAAGAGAUUGUCGUUAUACGCGAGCGAAACACCAGAGCAGAGACGGGAGAGGCUUAACAGAGAAUCGGCGAAGAGACGAGAGGCUCGAUUGAAUCAGUACGCUAAAGAGACGGAGGAGGAGAGGAAGGAGAGAUUGCGAAGGGACGCUCUAAGGGCCAGGGAAAUGAGAUUCACGCGGUCCGCUAUUGAGACGGAAGAGGAGCGUAGGCAAAGGUUAGUAAAGGACGCCUUUAGAAAGAGAGAGGUAAGGAUGCAUGGGGGCCAUUCGGUGAACAAUAAUUUUACGGAACUCCGAACCGUUCGCAAUUUUCAAGAAUUGAACGAUGUGCAGAUAAGGGACAGUCCCGAAAGUCAAUUGGACGGCCAUUACCUGAGCAACUGGAUGAUGUGGUUUCAAAAUACACUCACACAACCGGUUCACAGUGGAGAACAGAUUGUAGAACCGCAGCAUAAUAGAUAGAACUUGUGUUUUCCGCUAUGGAUGUACUUUCGGGACCUUUUUGGUGAACGAUAACAGCGACCAAUCUGAGUGUGCUUUACUUAUGCUUCCUUUACAAGCGGAACUGUAAAAUUGCAACAGCGGAAUUACCGUUAUUGCCAAUGUCUCAGACAGCACACAUGUCCAAAAGACAUCUUAAAAGACGACUUAAAGACGUCUUAAAGUCCUUUAGACAUCUUUAAGACAUCUUUUCGCCUUUUCGUGCUGUCUGGGAAUAUUUCUGAUAUGUACGAGACUUAAGUUAGUUAUUAGCAAAUUGAAUUCGCGUUUUAAAAAGAAGCUAUUUUAUAAUAUUUAUAAAUGCCGAACGCGAGCGUAGCUAUACUUUUCAAUGUGAAAAAAGAAUUAUGUAAUUUAUUUGCAUUAUGUUUGAAAAAAGAUGACGUUAUGUUAAAAAAAAAAUAGAUAAAUCAAAGAAAAAAAGCUGAACACUUUCUUAGUGUUUACAUGAUGAUUAAUUACGAUUAUUUGAAUAUCUAAAAUUAUUCUGAUUGUAAAAGAGAGGUGCAUCGAGAAGUAACAAUGUUACUCUUUGAUGUUAAAUGUGUAAAUAAAUUUAGCUGAUACGUUGAUGCGAUGAAAAAAUAGAAGUUGUAUAUUAUUAGGAAAAACAAGAGAAGCAAUUCUUGCCAGUGCCUUUUAUUCAAUGUUCAACAAAACGAACACUCAGACUGAAUUUCAUUGAUACAUAUGGCACUUGAACAUGAGUGAAUGAUUCUGGUGAAAGUUUGACUGUCUCUUGUGCUAUUUGUACAGUUAGAUUACUAUGUACUUCUUUCUACGAUUCCUUUGUAAUGAAUAAUAAAUUGUGUU